AUGCUGGCUCGCCCGCUGCGAUUGGCGGCUCGUCGGCCGUCGACAGCUCUGUCAUGUCGACAAUUCGUUCGACACGUAUCUUCAUUCUCCAACAGCAGCAAAGCAUCUUCCGAGUUCUUUGCAUCGUCUGCAAAGCUUCCCGGCAACGGAAUGGCUCUGGCAUCCUCAGCCGCUGCCAUUCUGGGAGGCUUGGCUCUGUACGCUGCUUUGGCCCCCAAAGCCUCCUUGUCCUCCUCGGCUUUAGAGUGUGAAGCUGCCAAGCCCACACCCGCCUCGGCCAUCAAGGGCGGCAACCAGUCCGAUCUGCCAGAAAUCUCCCAUCUCGAUCCCAAGAUACUCACCAAUGCCUCGGCUCCCAUGCGAAAGCGCAUGGAGACGUACAUCAAGCUGCUUCAGUACAACAUCGUCUCUGCUCUUUCGCAGGAAGAGCCAAAGGCGCGAUUCUUGAUCGACAGCUGGCUCCGAAAGGAAGGCGGAGAGGGCAUUUCGUGCGUUCUUCAAGACGGCUCGACAUUCGAAAAGGCGGGUGUCAACAUCUCGGUCGUGCAUGGGAUGCUUCCGCCCGCAGCAGUGAGGCAGAUGAGUGCCGACCAUGCAGGUCUCAUGGACAAGACUGGAUACAAGCUCGAGGGCAAGGAUGCGGAUGUCAAAGGACUGCCCUUCUACGCGGCUGGUUUGAGCCUGGUGGUUCACCCCAGGAACCCAUUUGCUCCAACGGUGCACUUCAACUACCGCUACUUUGAGCUCACCCAUCCGGAAACGCUCGCGGAUGGAUCGCCCAAUCCACGACACCCGAACAACCGCAAGGACGGAAAGCAUGACCACGAGCCGAUCGCAUGGUGGUUCGGCGGUGGAACCGACUUGACUCCUAUCUACCUAUUUGACGAGGAUGCCGAGCAUUUCCACAAGACACUGAAAUCGGCAGCCGAUCAGCACGAUGCGGCGUUCUAUCCAACGUGGAAAAAGUGGUGCGACAAAUACUUUUUGAUCCCUCAUCGCGGUGAAGCGCGCGGUGUAGGAGGGAUCUUUUUCGACGAUCUCACUCUGCCACAAUGGGCGUCUACGCACUCUGGAAAAGCGUUUAUUCCGUUAUCGGACGGCAGCAAGCCUACGUCUUCUCAGCCACUCGUUGCGUCCAUCUCGUCGACCAAGCAGCACGAUCAGGACUCGCUGUUUGCCACGGUCCGUUCGAUGGGUGACGCCUUCAUCCCGGCGUACGUGCCUCUUGUACAAAAACGCAAGAACACGCCCUUCACACAAGCGCACGAGCGAUGGCAGCAGAUCCGACGUGGACGAUACGUCGAGUUCAACCUGGUAUACGAUCGAGGGACCAAGUUCGGUCUGCAGACACCAGGCGCAAGGAUUGAGAGCAUCUUGAUGAGUCUGCCGCUGAAGGCGAGGUGGGAAUACAUGGAGCGGUACAGCGGCGGCGGUGCGCAGGGUAGGGAUGGAAAGGCUACCAAGAGUGCAGAUGCCGGCCAGACCGCCGAGCAUGACGGCGCCAUGGAGAAGCAUACGCAACAAGCGCUCAGACACCCUAGAGAUUGGGCUUAA